AUGGCAGGUUCUCCUAUCAUGAGAAUCUUACUUUUCUCGCACUUUUUGCCAAUCUUGAGUGCUGUUAAUGAACUAGGAGGUAUAUUAUGUCGUCAACCAAAAAAUGAAGGGUACGAGUGUGGAGUAUCAUCUCCUCAUUCUGCAUACCAUUUCGAUGCUUCUAUAGGAGAAUGCAUAGAAUUCAUGUUCAAAGGAUGUGGAGGCAAUCAGAAUCGGUUCCCAACCAAAGAAGACUGCAUGGACGGAUGCCGAAGUUUAACCUUAUGCGGGAAAGGAAUGCCUUUAAUGGAUUUUGCUGGAAAUAUCAAAAGAUGUGAAGGUGACAGAGUACCUUGUCCAGGAUCACACUACUGCGUGGGGCAUGGGAUGAACAGCGUCUGUUGUCAAAAAGCUGAUAGAAUAUGUCAAUCCUCAGUUCAUGCUGGUUCACCUUGUGGUGUUCCUCCAGUUACAAGAUAUUACUUCGAUGCUGCAUCAAAAACGUGCCGUUCAUUUGCCUUCACAGGAUGCGGAGGAAACGAAAAUAAUUUCAACUCAAAGGGUGAAUGCCUGAAGUUCUGUAGUAGUGAAGUUAUCUGUUCCAAAGGUGAUCCUCAUCCUGAUAGAUAUUCAAUCAAUCAAAUCGCCUCAUGCAUGGAAGACAAGCACUGUCCUAGGAAUUAUACAUGUACUGCAAAACAGGGGAAGAAAGGUGCAUGCUGCCCAAGUAAAGAAUUCGUUUGUGGGACGCCUUUGGAGUCUAAACACUCAUGUCGUAGACAAAUGGGGCCAGAUUCUGAACCUUUGUGGACAUUCGACUUCCGGAAAGGUGGAUGUAGUAAGGCUGUACAAGGUGUUUGUGAAGAUCAAUGGAACUCAUUCGCGAACCAAGAGCAAUGCUUGGACUAUUGUGUUGGAACAUGCCCUAACGAUUUCGAAACUCACUUGAAUCCACUAACGAACCAGCCUCAGCUCUGUGAUCACAAACAAAACUCUGGCUGUCCUCUCGGCUAUGAGUGUCUGAAAAGUUCUCCAUUUGCUUCAAUAUGCUGCAAAACCGAGCCAUUGUGUCCUGCUGCCGAAUCACUUGUGCUCAUCAAGGAUAAUCGAGCAGUUCGCUGCAACCCCGGAAGAACAGAAGCUUGUCCAGAACAGUACACGUGCCAACAAGCUAAAAAUUUGGAGCACAUCUGUUGUACAAAACCACUUUCAUGUCCUUCUGGAAUGAUAUCCUUGAGAGAAGAUGGAGGGCGACCGCGUGUUUGCUCGAUUGGAGUUGAAGGUGGAUGUCCCCCUGAUCAUAUGUGUGUUCCUGGAGAAGGUUCAACUUUAGGAGGAGCUCGUCAUCUAUGUUGUAAGCCUGAACGGAAGUGCCUUGUCCCCUAUGUCGACAUGGAAUCAAAACGGCCGAAGCGAUGCUUCCCGGGAGAUGGUACUUGCCCCCAUUCGACCUCAUGCUUGCCUGCUCUUGAAGAUAACUCAGCGAUAACCAACGCCAUUGAUGUCAUGUUCUUCUGCUGUCACUCCGUUGAUGUGUUCACAUGCAGUGAUGGCUCUCAACCAAUGAUUGAUGAGAACACAAAAAGACCGAUGAUAUGUGCACCUUCCAAUCCCAUGUCUUGUCCUGCUGAAAUGUCUUGCUCCCUUCUCAUGGAUGGAACUCAUUCUUGCUGUCCACAUGCUCUCACAACUCAAGUUUGUAUGGAAGCUCUGGCUGAUGAUAAUGGUCCAAUACGUUGUAGAAGUUUGGAUGAUAACACUUGUCCAGAAGGAAAGUGUCGCAAAGCAUUGGAUAGUUUCUACUACUGCUGUAAGACGACAACUGAAACUCCUUAUGUGCCCCCUGCUGCCACCCAGGCUUUAAUUCAAUCGUUCCCUUCUCAGAAAGUGAAUACUCCUGCCGCUCACGAACAGAACCAAUGGAACGUAGCCUACGUUCCCGAUCCAACUCAGCAGUGGAAUUUUGCAUCGAUACCCAAUAAUCAAAAGUCAGCAGUACGUAGGAGACCUUCAAGACCCAAAACAGAGAGUGUAACAGCUCAUCCUUACUUCUCAUCAGCAGUAAUGAGACAUCUUCAUGAAAUUCACCAGCAGCAAAGAGCAUUAGGGAGGCAUAGGAGUCCGCCCGACUACCUCAGGGGAAUCAGAAAAUUUAAAAUUGUAGAGAGACCAGAAUAA